AUGACAUACUCUGCUUCAAUGGAGGAUAAAUAUUCAGAAAUAUUGGGAAAAACUUUACUGUAUAUUUUAAAAGCUGUUGAAGUCGAUGAUAUUUCCAUCUUCUACGAGAAAAAUAGCGAGGACUUACUACAGUUGGUUCUUAAAGAUUUGGAACAUACAACCAAGUUAACGCUUUUUAGUGCCCUACUAAUUAAGUCGUCGCAUGCCGUAGAAAGUACUCUGCCCAGUUCACCACAAGGACCAAGUCAAUCAAUGAUGGUCGAUGAGCACGUUCUCAGUGUUCCAUGUUCUCCCAACACAUCUGAUCUCAACAUCUCAGCACCGGAUACUGAUAUUAAUCGCAAUAGCAAUGUUACUGAGUGUGUUUGGAAUGAUUCGAUUCACAACAGACAAAAACCAACUAUUGCUGUCCUUUUAUACAACAUUGAUUUCAUCCAAGAUGUAUUGAAUAAUAUCAAAUGUUUAAUAGAAACACGAGAUAUAAUAUUCCCUGUUCAAUCGCGAUGGGUGUUUGUGUCUAACAUCAAAACACUCCCUUUACAAAUUCUACAAGAUAAAACUGUCAAUAAAUUAACUAAUGUUGUAUUCUUAGGUACUGCUCUGAACUCUGAAAAGAAACUACUUCCGGUAGUACUCUCAAAACAAGGCUCUCGUUUUACAAUAGUAUCGACUAAUUCAAUGUCUGUACUUACUAUAUUUCCCAAUUUACAAUACAAACUGAACGGACUACGUUUAAGAGUUGUUGUUUCAUCUACUCGGUUUAUAUAUCAAGAAGGAAAUUCGGCAAGGAAACUUUUGGAAGCAAUAAGUAGCUAUCUGAAUUUCACAUACAUCUAUGUUCUUGCAGAAGAUGGUACAUUUGGACUUAAAGUAAAUGAUACAUGGACGGGUGUGGUAGGUCAUGUAGCUCGUAAAGAAGUAGAUAUGUCUUGUCAACCAUUACUUGUUACAACAGAGCGACUAGAAGUUGUAGAUUUUGUGAUGCCAGCAAUAGCUACUAUAGAUACAGGUUUGAUUUACAAAUAUAACUCGAUCAACUAUGUAACUUCUCCGUGGAUGAUAUUUUGGAUACCUUUAUCUGACCAAAUCUACUUGUUCGUGUUUAUUUCCUAUGUUAUUAUAGCUAGUGCUAUCUGCUAUUUAAAUUUUGCGGAACAAAAUUCUCAUGAAAAGGGACAUCAACUUAUAAUGAACACGUUUUUGUUAACCUUUGGUUGUUUGUUUCAAAAAAGUACCAUUUUUUCUUACCAAAGAUCUUCGGUAAGAAUAAUCUUUGCAUCUUGGUGGAUAUUUUGUGUAAUUUUGGGAGCUACCUAUACUACCGGACUUACACGAGCUUUGAUUCCUAAAAAUGCCAAGGUUUUUACAUCUGUAGCCGGUCUAUUAGAGCUUUCAGAAUGGAAAUACGGUGCGCUCGGUAACUCAGCCCAUAUUGAGCUGCUCAAGACUUCAGAGGAUGUCAAUUUGAAGAUGUUGUGGGAAGCUAUAAAAGAAGUCAAUAAAUCUGAUCCAAGUGUUUUGUCUGAUACAUACGAUAGUCAUAUUGCCAAAUUAAAUGCAGGAAAUUAUGCGUUCCUUGCAGGACUAAGUAAAGGCAGGAUGCGUGUCUUAGGGCAAGAAGAUAACUGUUCUGUGAACAUAUUCAAACUCGACAAUGCUGCUUAUGAAUCACUUGCUAUUCCUAAAGGAUCCCUGUUGAAAUACGAACUUGAAAAGGCUGUUAUAGCCUUAAAUGAAGCGGGGCUUCUUCCGCUUCUUAUUGACGCAGCAUCGACGAUAAAAGAAUGCCCACAAGUCCCCGGUGAAGUACAACCUUUGCAGUUUGAUAAUAUGAAAGGUUCAUUUGUAGUGAUAGGUAUUGGGCUAACAGUUUCUAGUUUAGUGUUGAUUAUAGAGAAAUUAGUUAAGAGAUAG